AUGGUAAAGGUCACCAUCUUGGGCGCUGGAGUAACCGGCAUGAUGGCCGCGGCCAGUUUGCCCAGGAACUACAACGUGACCAUCGUGGCCGAGCAUCUCCCAGGUGACUACGACACCAAGGAGUGGGCUAGCCCUUUUGCAGGGGCCAUCUGGGUCGGUGUUCAUCAGUCGUCGCCGCGGGAGCAAAAGAUGCAACUCGAAGGCCUGAUGGGACUCCUCAGGUUGGCAGAGACCAACCCCGAGUCAAGCGUACGCCAGAUUGAGAUGACAGAGAUCAUGGACCGUGGUACCAAAGAAGAUGUCUGGUAUGCUGGCAAAAUCCCCGAAUUCCGCUUCUUGAGCAAAGAGGAACUUCCCAAAGGCGCCAUCUACGGCAUGAAGUACAAGACGGUUGUCCUGACGCCGCAAAAGUUCCUCACGUGGCUAUACAAGAGACUCCAGGCUCGAGGCAUCAAGUUUAGACGCACUCGAGUCUACUCACUUGCCGAGCUCAAAGGCCUUGGCCAUGAUGUCCUUAUCAAUGCGUCUGGAAUCGGAGCAGAGGGCCUAAAGGAUGUCAUGGAGAAGAACCUGACUCCCUGGAGGCUUCAAUGCGUGGUUGCCAAGGCCCCGCCCACCUAUGACCGGCUCUUUAUCCGUCGGGGAGAUAGGGGAUACUAUUCGACCGCAUUUUCUCGGCUCGAUGGCACUGUCUAUGUUGGAGGUGUUCUUACUGAGAAUGACCGGGACCUUUCUAUAUCUGAGGAGCAACGAAAGAAGAUUUGCCAGAAUGCCCACAACAACCAGCCUGACGUCUUUCCAUCUCCAGACCCCAAAGACUGGCCCAUUCUCUACGAUCACGUGGGUGUCUACGCCACCAUGGACAGACGUAUCUGCGGCGUGCGCUGCGAGAAGGAGGUGGUUGAUGGGCAGAGAGUCAUUCACGCCUACGGACAGAAUGCAGGAGGCUACGUCUACAGCUUUGGCCUUGCUCGUGAAGUGGUGAACCUCACAGAGGAGUACCUUUACGAGCUUCCUGCGACAGGCAAGUUGUAA